AUGGAGACGAGCGCGCUCGGCGUGGCGGGAAAGGCGCCGGCCACCUUUAGGCGCCCUGGCGCCAGGGGGGGCCCUGUGCCGGUACGCUGCGUUGAUGGGGCCCAGAGGGAGCUCAUCCUCCCCAAGUACUGCGAGCACAACCACAAAACCAGGAGGCGGCCCACCCGCACGUGCCAGAUUGGCAAUGUGCCCGUCGGGGGGGACCACCCAAUCGCGCUGCAGACCAUGACGACCACGAACACGCGGGAUGUCGAGGCUACAGUCGAGCAGGUGAAGAAGUGUGUUGAUGCUGGGGCAAACAUCGUUCGGAUAACAGUGCAAGGGAUGAAAGAGGCUGAGGCAUGCUUCAAGAUCCGUGAACAGUUGUUUAAGGACAGGUAUGAUGUGCCCCUUGUUGCUGACAUCCAUUUCAGCCCAAAAGUGGCAAUGAUUGUUGCGGAGGCCUUUGAAAAGAUCCGUGUGAAUCCGGGCAACUAUGUGGAUGGUGCCAAGAAGUUCACUGUCAUCGACUAUGACGACCCAGCACAAUUCGAGGCCGAAAGGCAGUACAUUGAAGAGGUCUUCACACCGCUGGUGGAAAAGUGCAAGAAGUUAGGGAGGGCGAUGCGGAUUGGUACCAACCACGGGAGCCUGUCUGCACGCAUUCUCAGUUAUUAUGGUGACACACCCAGAGGCAUGGUGGCAUCAGCAUUUGAAUUCGCUGACAUCUGCCGCAAGAACGACUACCACAACUUCCUGUUCUCCAUGAAGGCUUCCAACCCACUGGUCAUGGUCCAAGCGUAUCGUCUGCUAGUGGAAGAGAUGUAUGCCAAUGGUUGGGACUACCCUCUUCACCUGGGGGUGACAGAAGCAGGAGAGGGGGAGGAUGGGCGCAUGAAGUCGGCAGUUGGUAUUGGCACCCUCCUCCUCGAUGGCCUUGGGGACACAAUCCGCGUCUCCCUUACUGAGGACCCAGAAUUUGAAAUCAAACCCUGCGGCGAACUUGCGACACUUGGGAUGACUGCAAGCGAUCAGGGUUGGGGAGUGGAGCCAUUCGAUGAACACUACCGUGACGUCCACCAGUUCACACGCCGAGUGGGCACCCUACCAGCCCAAAGAGAGGGUGAUGUUGUGGACUACCGGCCGCUGUUGCACAGAGAUGGCUCAGUGCUGUCCGCGGUGACGAUGCAAGACAUGCAGAACAGGGAAAAGCUGUACAGGGACCUGGGGUGCAAGAUGGUUGUGGGGAUGCCAUUCAAGGACCUGGCCACUAGUGACACAAUCUUUUUGCGGGAGAUUCCGGCCAGCUCGGACGCAGAGGGCCGCAGGACGCUGAAGAGACUGCAAGAAGUUGGGUUGCAUGUUCUUGCCCCAGCCGACGUGUUGGCUGCAGACCCUCUGCCUAAUGCUGUUGCGCUGGUUCAACUCAGGGAUGCAGCUGGGGCACUGAACAAUGGUGGACCAGUCCUCCCUGAGAGUGCUGGCCGGCUGGCGAUCUCAGUGGACGGAACUGAGACAGAUGCUGAGAUCAGCUGCUUGAAGGACCUUGAUGCUGUGAUGGUGUUGUUGGACAUUGCUGAUGGUGUCAGCAGGGUGCAUGCAUCGCGACGGGUGUUCCAGAUUCUGCAGCGCGAAGAGGUGUCAGUUCCAGUUAUUCACCAUUUCUGCUCCCAAUCGCAGUCUGAAGAGUCGCUGAUCAUUUCCAGUGGUUCACAGGUCGGCUGCUUGCUUGUGGAUGGCCUGGGUGAUGGAGUGCUACUUGAAGCGGCCGACCAUCGCCUGGAGUUCUUGCGAAACACAUCUUUUGGGAUGCUGCAGGCCAGUCGGAUGCGCAACACAAAAACCGAGUACGUGUCCUGCCCCUCCUGCGGCCGCACACUCUUCGACUUGCAGGAGGUCACAGACCAGAUCAGGCAGCACACUGGCCACCUGCCUGGCGUUGCCAUCGCUGUCAUGGGGUGCAUCGUCAAUGGCCCUGGGGAGAUGGCCGACGCCGAUUUUGGAUACGUUGGUGGGGCGCCAGGCCUCAUCGACUUGUACGUUGGAAAGGAAGUGGUGCGGAGAGGGGUGCCCAUGGACCGUGCCUGCGAUGAGCUGGUGGAGUUGAUCAAGGAGCACGGACGUUGGGUGGAGCCUGACACAGAGGAUGAGGAUGCACAGGAGGAGGCCAUGGCGAUGGCAAAGUAG